AUGAAUCCUUCAAAUCAGAAAUUGUACAAUAAGAUUCUUUUACUGCUUCUCUUCCUUCCUUUUCAGUUCACGAAUGCGGUUCAAAAGAGCUCGAGAGUUCUGUGCGCGGAUUAUCUAAGAUGCAGGAACGACGAAUUAGAAGAGCGAUGGAGAUGCAAUGAAGCAAGCAGACGAGUGGUUGCCGACGUGUGUCGAGUUGAACGUCAUCUCAGGUCGAUCAAGAGACUAACGUUGAAGAGGGAGAGGAACUUCGCUGUGUGCGUAGCUGAAACUGCAUCAGAACUUGACGCUUUCAGUGAAUUCCCGCUGGCAUCUUGCGAGGACAUUACGCGAGAAUCUUAUAGUCGUAACGAUUCGCAGUGCGAUUUUCACGAUGAUCCAUAUGUUAGCCGUUGUGCUGCUCUUAAGCGCUGUUGCAUAGCUGUUUCAAGCUGCGAGAAGCGUGUACAGUACGCAGCGAUGUCCUCGAUGGUGUCCAUGCAGAGAACAGCAGCCGAGACACUUCUUAAAGCUUGCCGCUCAGAUAUGAACGCCGUCGUCGUGGCUAACGUCACCAAAAGUGAUCAAAUCAUGGCGGCAACUGCUGUUAAUGCGGCUUCGGCUGCACUGGAACUUAUCUCAGCAUUAGAUUCUGGAUUCUACUCUGCUUCUCAAAGUCAAAUUCAGGCUCACGAUAGACAUACUUUGGAAAGCAAACCUUUGAAGACAACAAGAAGACAUCCUGAUAUUCCUGCAACUCCAUUAUUACCGCUGUCACAGAAUUCAACGUUACUACAGCGAAUUGAUUCCAUGUCGCAGAGAACAACGGAGUUAACCGCAAAUUCCAAUCCACCAAAUUUAUACCGUAGUCGCUCAUACUUACUUUCCAAGCAGCGCUUGAACGGAACUACCGAUAAUCUUGGCAGAUCACGUGCGUAUGGAUUCCCAACGAAGCAACCCGCUUCUUUUGGAGCCUCUAGUCGUUUAAUUGAAGCCGUAGACAGCGAAACAAUGAGGAGACCAAAGUCUUCGCUAUUGCAAGACGGUACGGCAACAGUAAACAAGAAAAUGCGAAAUCGUGGAUCCCUCUUCUCUAAGCAUGGACUGCUGGGAAAUGCGGACAAAAGCGAUAGUUCCAAAUCUUCCGUCCAACCAUCCUAUAAUGUCGAUGUCAUUAUCGAAAGGGAAACACACAUUCCUAUAGAUGUGAUCAUUGACAGAUCUCAGAAUCCUUCCCCAUUUUCACCACACUUCGCAGAGGACUUCGCAAAAGGACCUGCACUGCAGCCGCUAAAGAGCGCCGAAUCGGAAACAACGUUGCCAACAACUAUUUCAACGCUUCCACCUUUGGGAUCUUCCUCUCCAUCUCUGGGAACAUUGAACCCUUUACCUCCUGCCAUCUCGCAAAAAAGACCCACUAUAAGAAGGCCGUGGUCGAAUCGGUACAAGUGGAUAAAGCGUGGCAGAAAAAUUUGGAAAGGAAGUUCUUUGCCUAAGUCUGGGAGUUUGAAUGUGAGACAGAAGCUUCGUAAGAAACACGGAAUAACGAAACGUCGGAGAGUCACGCGAACUAGAGUCCGACCAAUCGGAGAUUUUUCCGCAAAAUUUCCAAACGACACGGACACGUUAACUGACAUUGCCGUUCCCAUGCAGAAUCGUCUCACUAAUAGUAAAAAACAACUCUUAGACUCUUUGAAUGAGUUUAAUCGAGAAUUGAUGGCUCUUGGCCGAAACAUUAGCAAUAAUUCGAGGAAUGCUAAGCCACUCGCGCGCGUUUUCACCCCACAGCACAGAGCAUCGCUCAAGACCGAAGAAGAUGCUAUCUAUGAGGAUAUUCUUGAACAGGAAAGAAAAGCAUUAAUUGCGAGGAACAUCAUUGUUCCACCAGAGGAUUUCGACGACGUUUGGGAUCCUCCAACGGCUUCCACGACCGCGUCGACACCAUCGUUUUUCUUGAACGACAAACAAAGUACAGUUGUGACAUCCACGUUCAGCUCAGGCAAAACACGCCCUCACAAGCGGAAAAUAAGAAAAAGAAUGAGAAAAGUUCUCAUUAGUACACCUAUUCGAACAACUCCUUCGCCAACAACCAGGGAUGCUGCGUCUUUGCUGACUUCGACCGAUGAUCCGCUUGAUGGACCAAUCGUCGAAACAUCGUUGAGCAACCAAGAAGGCUCUAAAUUAGCCGUAAAAAAAGAGGAACUAGAGCAGGUCAUCGAUGGCAAACACGAAACAUUGGUGGUGUUUGAAAGCGUUGCUACUUCUGAACCUCUUGGUCCAAAGCUCAACUGGAACUUUGAUUUUAAGGUGCCGAGUGAGGACCCACUCUUCGCUCCCUCCUUUUCCACCGUGCCAUUACCAACAGAGGACAGCUUCGAAGCCACCACCACUGAGACGAUUGACAUUAGCGCAAAAUCAGUGACGGACUUCUCUGCCUCUUCAUCUAGGCCUACCAACCCGCCGAUGCAAUUAGGAUCCGUAGAUCAAACAGCUACCAUCAUUCCCACACUGAGGCAUGCGGACUGGACCGCGCCACCAAAUGACAACAAGUUCAGUGCGGGGAUCAUUCCUUUAAUUGAGAUGAACAGUGUUUUCGAAGGCCCUUUUAUGGUACUGGACAAGCAGGCUGACAACUCCGAAUCUAGUGGGGUUGGCGAAAUGCAAACGACGGUGUCACCUUCAAUCACCACUACACCACAGUUGGUCGCUCAGUUGUUGUCACGGGAAAAGAAGGUGCAGGCUAGAGGAACGAAGCUCACCGAAACAGAGGAACCAUUAGAGAUAUCAAUGCCCAACGGCGAUUCCUCCAGUAGUGAAAACCAGGCUAUUUCUGUCCUAAAGUUACCUGAGACGACCUUGAGACUCUCACAUUGUGAAGUGUACUCGCUAUGUUUGGACGAGAUGUCGCGUCAAGAAGCUGAAUGUCAAAACGAGGAUAAGAAAGCAGGGCGUAUGAUGCCAAAUUUUCUUAAGAGAAGAAGAGGUCUUUGCAGUAGGAGGCUGGUCUCCACCUAUCAGAACAUCGACGUGGAAUCAAAAAAUCUCGAAGAAUCUUAUGGUAGCUGCAUUAGGAGUCGGCUCGGUCAGAAAAUCACUGAGGUUGAACCAUCAAAGUGCAGUGCUAACUCACUUCCUUCUAAACUGGGAUCAGAACCAUGUCACAGUAAGGUUCAUGUGAUAAAGAAUCACUGUGCCAAGUUGGCGCAAUGCUGUCCAGACGCAGAAGUGUGUAGGAAUGAAGUGAACCGCUCGGAGGCAGCCCGCGCUCUUCGGAGACGAAAGGAAUCACUUGCUCUAGCAACGUCUAGAUGCCAAAUUUGGAGCUAUAGAGAUUAUCGCAAACGAGUCAAACAGAGAAUGCAACGCCGUGCAAUAGUGCACUGA